AUGAAAAUGUCUACUCAGGGAAUCGAGGUCGUUGUCAGCCAAGACGUCUUUGACCACCGCUUCAAAGGACAUGUCUUUGACCGCUGGCAAGACUUUGUGAAGGCUGCGGGCGAGCAGAACAACCCAGGUGGAGAAGCAAGGCUCAAGGCCGGUUUCACCCUCCUUUUUGCGGCCAUUGCAACGGUGACAGUGGGCACCGUCAUUGGCUACGUGACCAGCAAUGAGGUGGCGAAGCCGUGCACCGGCUGGGUUGUGGUGUUCAUCCUCUUGGCUUACGCUGGCGCUGUCUUCGUCUACUGCUUUCUCACCUACGAAGACCCGGCGCAGAGAGUGGUGACGAACCUCCUGUGCACCGGCCGCCAUCGGAAUUCUUUGGAGAGCUUUUUUUAG